UCUUCUUCUUCUUCCUCUCCUGCAUCCAACAGAGCUUUAGACAUGGAGAAAGCAUGGUCGUAUGUGUUUUCUUCGCUACUCAUCUUCUUCUUCCUUCAAUUCAUUCAAUUGCAGGCAUCGUCGUCCAUGUAUACUCGCCCUCCUCCUCGAAGUAUUAUCUUCACUCCACACAAUCGCUCUGAUUCCGAACCUCAACAGGUACAUAUUUCAUUGGUUGGAAGAGAUCAUAUGAGAAUUUCAUGGAUUACCCAGAAGCAUGCACCGUCGAUUGUAGAAUAUGGUAAAACUCCGGGGAAAUAUGAUGCAUCCGUCACCGGUGAUCACACUUCCUACCAUUACUUCUUUUACCUCUCCGGCAAGAUCCACCAGGCUACCAUCGGACCUUUGGAUCCCGACACAAACUACUACUACCGGUGUAGUGGGACCGGCGAAGAAUUCACUUUGAAAACUCCUCCCACAACGUUCCCCAUUGAAUUUGUAGUUGCAGGCGACCUGGGACAGACCGAGUGGACGGAAUCGACACUAGCGCACAUCGGCAGCAGGAACUACGACGUGCUGCUGCUCCCGGGGGAUCUAUCUUACGCAGACACCCAACAGCCGCUCUGGGACACCUUCGGACGCUUCGUGGAGCCCUAUGCCAGCAGCCGGCCGUGGAUGGUGACAGAGGGAAACCAUGAGAUUGAAGUCGUCCCGAUCAUCCAUUCCCAGGCCUUCACCGCCUACAACACAAGGUGGAGGAUGCCGUUCGAGGAGAGCGGCUCCAAGUCCAAUCUCUACUACUCGUUCGACGUUGCCGGCGUCCAUGUUGUCAUGCUGGGGUCUUACACCGACUUCGACGCUGGCUCGGAGCAGUACAAGUGGCUGCAGUCCGACUUGGCCAAGGUCGACAGGAGUGUCACGCCAUGGAUCGUGGUCUGCCUUCACGCGCCAUGGUAUAACACCAACAUAGCCCAUCAGGGUGAAGGAGAGAACAUGAGGAAAGCCAUGGAGGAGUUGCUGUACCAGGCCCGAGUUGACACUGUUUUGGCUGGACACGUUCAUGCCUACGAACGCUUUACUAGGGUUUACAAUAACAAGGCCGAGCAAUGCGGUCCAGUGCACGUAACGAUUGGUGAUGGCGGAAACAGAGAAGGGCUUGCUUUAACGUUUAAGAAACCCAACUCUCCUUUAUCUCUGUUCCGAGAGGCGAGCUUCGGACAUGGCCGGCUAACGGUGUAUAACCGAACGCAUGCUCACUGGUCAUGGCACCGGAAUGACGAUACUGACUCAACCGUCGGUGACGAGGUGUGGUUGGAAAGCCUUGCUGGGUCUUCUAGAUGUGGGGUUUCUGUACAUUCUAGAUCUGAUGAUGAUGAACUAUAAAUAAACAAAAGAAUGUUGAAUUUCUUUUUGGGAGGGAUAUCAGAUAUGGGUUUAAUCAAUUUAUAUUCCUGACUUGGGUUAGUUUGCAUAUAUCUAACAUGUAAUUCAUUGAU